GAUGUUCAAGGGGACGAAGGACAUCUCGACGGUGGCCACCCCCAAGUUCGCCUUGCUUACUGACCUGCUGACGACAGGGGCAGGCGGGGGCCUGGGGCCUAAUGAAAGUCCCUUGGACUGAGGACAAUUCCCUCAGCCCCUCUCAAUCGCCUUCACUCUUCGCACUCCGUCGUGUCACAGCUCGACAGAAAUUCCUCCGCAGCACCUUAUUUUGGUGUCCUUUGUCUUUCCGCAGUUGCCUGGACACCCGUAGAUGGGCAACUUCUUCUCAUAGCGGUAACAUCUAGAAGUGCUCCGGUGAGGAGAAAAGUGAAGUCUUAUGCCGGACACCUUCAGAAAAAAAAAAUAAUAAUAAAAAUGAAGGGAUUAUUUUGUUCCUCUGCGGCGAGAGACUACGUGAGUACGCAAGGUAUCUACCUAAGCUGGGUCUUAUGCUGUAGAUGUUUCUUUGUGGGUUGUCUGAGAUUGAUCAUACUUAGAAGAGCUGCUAUAACAGCAUAAGGGAGGUGAAAACUAACAGAUGAAAGUUUUGCUAUGCACUGAAGAAAAAGCAUUGUCUGUGAAGUCUCUAUUUAAAGAUGUCUGCUUGUAACACCUUUACUGAACACGUUUGGAAACCUGGUGAAUGCAAGAAUUGCUUCAAACCUAAAAGCUUGCACCAGCUUCCUGCAGAUUCUGAGAAAGCACCCAUCACCCAUGGUAAUGUGAAAACUAAUGCCAAUCACAGCAACAACCACCGUGUCAGGAACACCGGAAACUUCCGGCCUCCUGUGGCUAAAAAACCCACUAUAGCUGUGAAGCCCACUAUGAUGGUAGCAGAUGGGCAAAGUGUAUGUGGUGAGCUUAGCAUCCAAGAACACUGUGAGAACAAACCUGUCAUCAUGGGAUGGAACCGAAACAGGACUGCUUUGAGCCAGAAAUCACUUAACAAUAAUAAUGAAGAUGAUAUUGAAGGAUUUAGCCAUGGCCCUAAGCAGUAUGGCAAUAAUGAUAGUGCAAAGAAGAUAUCAAAUAACAAUAAUGGACUAACUGAAGUGUUAAAGGAGAUAGCAGGCCUGAAUACCACUCCUCAAAGAGGAAAUGAAACAGACUCCAAGGAAACGUUCUUGGGAAGAAUAAAUGACUGCUACAAACGAUCACUGGAAAGAAAGAUUCCACCAAGCUGCAUGAUGGGUGGUGUGAAGGAUACUCAGGGCAAGCAUGUUAUUCUGAGCGGGAGCACAGAGGUAAUCAGUAACGAAGGGGGACGGUUCUGCUACCCAGAGUUCUCUAGUGGCGAGGAGAGUGAGGAAGACGUGCUUUUCAGUAACGUGGAGGAGGAGCAUGAGAGCUGGGAUGAGAGUGACGAAGAGCUGCUGGCCAUGGAGAUUCGCAUGAGAGGGCAACCUCGCUUUGCUAACUUUAGGGCAAACACUCUAUCGCCUGUUCGAUUCUUUGUGGGCAAAAAGUGGAAUACCAUCCCCCUUCGGAACAAGUCUUUGCAGAGAAUCUGUGCUGUAGACUAUGAUGACAGCUAUGAUGAAAUCCUGAAUGGUUAUGAAGAAAAUUCUGUGGUUUCCUGUGGUCAAGGAAGUGUUCAGAGUGUGGUGUCAUCUGACUCCACAUCACCAGACUCUUCUUUCACAGAAGAGUCACGUUCCGAAACAGCCAGCAGUGUACCACAGAAGCUUUGUGAUGGAGCGGUGUCUCCUGGUAACCCAGGAGACUCUACGGACAUGAAGGAAAUUGAGUCCAAUUAUGAAAGUCUCCCUGGUAAUAAUCAGGAGGACUCCUCACAGACUUCCAAAAGCUCAGCAAAAGUCCCAGAGACACACAAAGCAGUCCUUGCUCUCCGAUUAGAAGAGAAGGAUGGCAAGAUUGCUGUACAAACGGAAAAACAGGAAAGCAAGGCCUCCACAGACAUUGCUGGGCAAUCAGUAACUAUUAACCUCGUCCCUGUGGAAGAACAAGCAAAACCCUACCGCGUUGUCAAUCUGGAACAGCCACUGUGCAAGCCAUAUACGGUUGUGGAUGUGUCAGCGGCCAUGGCCAGUGAGCACCUUGGGGGCUCUAUUAGCAGCCCCAAGAUAAGAAGCUCAUCUUCUACUCCAAACUCUCCAGUGACAUCACCUGCACUGACAUCAGGACAAAUAAGUGCCCAUUUCCAAAAAUCUAGUGCAGUCCGAUACCAGGAAGUAUGGACUUCCAGCACCAGUCCACGACAGAAGAUCCCCAAAGUAGAAUUAAUUACCGGUGGAAUUGGACCAAAUGUCCCUCCAAGGAGAAGCUGUCACAAAUCAGCACCAACUUCACCAACAGCUACAAACAUUUCUUCCAAAACUAUCCCUGUGAAGUCACCUAACUUGUCUGAAAUAAAAUUUAAUAGUUACAACAACGCUGGUAUGCCACCUUUUCCAAUUAUCAUUCAUGAUGAGCCAUCCUAUGCUCGGAGCUCCAAAAAUGCUAUCAAAGUCCCCAUUGUUAUUAAUCCAAAUGCAUAUGACAAUCUAGCCAUUUACAAAAGCUUCCUGGGUACAAGUGGAGAACUCUCGGUGAAGGAAAAAACCACAAGUGUAAUAAGCCAUACUUAUGAAGAGAUAGAAACAGAAAGCAAAGUGCCUGAUACCACCACUCCCAGACCCGCUGACUGUCCCCAAACCAAAGGAUUUUCUAAUAGUAUAGAGCAUAAAAGGGGCUCAGUGGCUCAGAAGGUUCAAGAGUUUAACAAUUGUAUCAACAGAGGUCAGUCUUCCCCACAGAGGAGCUAUAGUUCCAGCCACAGCUCGCCAACCAAGAUCCAGAGGCCCACCCAAGAACCUGUGGCCAAGGCAGAGGGCAUGCUGGAGACUCAGGCAGGGGCCAGCAGUGGCAGCACGCGGGAAAAAGCGAGCACUGUGCUUUGUCAGAUUGUGGCGUCUAUUCAGCCUCCCCAGUCUCCUCCAGAAACGUCUCAGUCUGGACCUAAGGCCUGCAGUGUGGAAGAACUUUAUGCCAUUCCUCCAGAUGCUGAUGCAGCAAAGAGCACGCCUAAGAGUACACCAGCCCGGCCCAAAUCGCUCUUUACUUGUCAGCCUCGUGGGGAAGCAGAAGGCCAGCAGACCGCAGAAAGUCCUUCCUCAAAAGUACACAAAGAUCCGCUCACAAAGCCAGUCACUUCCCCUAACUCCAAGUCAGUGACCAGCCCCCAAGGUGAGCCCCCACCUCCCUUUCCCCCGCCACGCUCCACCUCCUCCCCUUACCAUGCGAGUAACCUUCUGCAGAGGCAUUUCACCAACUGGACCAAGCCGACCAGCCCUACCAGAGCCACAGAAGCCGAAGCUGUUCUGCACUCUGAAGGCAGCAGGCGGGCAGCUGAUGCGAAGCCUAAGCGUUGGAUAUCAUUUAAAAGUUUCUUCCGCCGCCGGAAAACAGAUGAGGAGGAAGACAAAGAGAAAGAGAGGGAGAAAGGGAAACUGGUGGGCCUGGAUGGCACCGUCAUCCACAUGCUGCCUCCUCCCCCAGUCCAGCGCCAUCACUGGUUCACAGAGGCAAAGGGAGAUUCCAGGGAGAAGCCUGCCAUUGUGUUCAUGUACAGGUGUGACGCUGACCAAGGCCAGCUCAGUGCAGAACAGAGCAAGGCUGGGGCAGGCCAAGCAGCAGUCACAGAGAAGGGAAGAACAGAGGACGUGUCCCCACCAGACUCAGAAGAAAAGAAAAGUAGCCAUUCUUCUCCAUCACAGGUUCCUGAAAAAGUUCACAGUCAUGUGACCCAUGAAGUACUGGAGGAAUUUUCUCCUCAGGAUCCAGGGACUCUCAUUGUGAAGCAAGAUGGCAUUUCAGUCACACCAGUAUUGCCCCCACCUGACCUGGAAAGAGAAAAAGAAAAAGAGGAUACUUCUGAUCCUGUAGACCUAAAUCCUUGCAGUGCAACAUACAGCAACUUGGGGCAAUCUAGAGCAGCUAUGAUACCUCCCAAGCAUCCACGGCAGCCCAAAGGAGCUUUGGAUGAUGCCAUUGCCUUUGGAGAGAAAAUAGACCAAGAAGUGCUAAAUGUUUCUCAACCCACACCACCCCCGCUGCCAAAGAAAAUGAUCAUAAGAGCCAAUACAGAGCCAAUCUCCAAAGACCUUCAGAAGUGCAUGGAAAGUAGUCUUUGUGUCAUGGCCAAUCCUACCUACGAUAUUGAUCCCAAUUGGGAUGCCAGUAGUGCUGGCUCUUCUGUUAGCUAUGAGCUCAAAGGGCUGGACGUUGAGUCUUGUGACUCCUUGGAAAGACCUAUGCACAAGGAGAGGCCUGUCCCUUCAGCAGCAAACAGUAUCUCCAGCUUAACCACUGUCAGUGUUAAGGACAGAUUUUCCAACAGCAUGGAGUCCCUGUCCAGCCGACGUGGUCUGUCCUGCAGACAGGGUCGAGGCAUCCAGAAGCCACAGAGACAAGCAUUUUAUCGAGGACUUGAAAGUCGGGAGGAAGUGGUAGGUAAAAUCCGAAGCCUUCAUACAGAUGCCUUGAAAAAACUGGCUGUUAAAUGUGAAGACCUCUUCAUGGCCGGACAGAAAGACCAGCUUCGCUUUGGCGUGGACAGCUGGUCAGACUUUAGGCUAACCAGCGACAGGCCGUGUUGUGAAGCAGGUGAUGCCGUGUACUACGCUGCCUCCUGUGCAAAAGACCCAGCUAAUACCUAUGCUGUCAAGAUAUGUAAGAGCAAAGCUAAAGAGUCUCAGCAGUAUUAUCACAGCCUGGCCGUCCGACAGAGCCUGGCCGUGCAUUUUAACAUCCAGCAGGAUUGUGGCCAUUUCCUUGCUGAAGUUCCUAACCGUCUGCUUCCGUGGGUGGAUCCUGAUGCCCCUGAAAAGGCCGAGGAUGAAAUGGAAGAGAGUGAGGAAGACGUGAAGGCAGGAACCAGUGGGAGAAAUCCAGAGCCCUGCUCUGAAAUGGACUCCUCCCAGAAGGAGAACCCAGGAGUCACAAGCAAGAAGCAGCGGAGCCAUGUUGUGGUCAUCACCAGAGAGGUCCCUCGUCUCACUGUGGCUGAUUUCGUGCGGGACUCUUUGGCUCAUCACAGCAGGAACCCUGACUUGUAUGAGAGGCAAGUGUGUCUGCUGCUCUUGCAGCUGUGUUCUGGCCUGGAACACCUCAAGCCCUACCAUGUCACUCACUGCGAUCUACGCCUGGAGAACCUGCUGCUUGUCCACCACCAGCCUGGGGGAGCUGCCCAGGGCCUUGGGCCUGCAGAUCCUAGCCCCACUUCAUCUUGUCCCACAAGGCUGAUUGUGAGCAACUUCUCUCAGGCCAAGCAGAAGAGUCAUCUGGUGGACCCCGAAAUCCUGCGAGACCAGUCCCGCCUGGCCCCAGAGAUCAUCACAGCCACCCAGUACAAAAAGUGUGAUGAGUUCCAGACUGGUAUCCUCAUCUACGAGAUGCUGCACCUGCCCAACCCCUUUGAUGAGAACCCAGAGCUGAAGGAGAAGGAAUACACGCGCACAGACCUGCCUCGCAUCCCUCUCCGCUCCCCCUACUCCUGGGGCCUGCAGCAGCUCGCCAGCUGCCUCCUGAAUCCCAACCCUUCUGAACGCAUCCUCAUUUCCGAUGCCAAAGGCAUCCUCCAGUGUUUGCUCUGGGGCCCCCGUGAAGAUCUCUUCCAAACCUUUACUGCUUCCACAAGCCUGGUGCAAAGGAACGCGCUGCUCCAGAACUGGCUGGACAUCAAACGAACUCUGUUGAUGAUCAAGUUUGCCGAGAAGUCCCUGGACAGGGAGGGGGGCGUCAGCCUCGAGGACUGGCUGUGUGCUCAGUAUCUAGCUUUUGCCACUACAGACUCCCUGAGUUGUAUUGUAAAAAUCCUGCAGCACCGUUAAUGCGGCCCAGAUGUUGCUUUGACUACAUGUCCACCCUCUUCAUGUGGCCCCACACUUCCCUAUCCUGAUAGUCACUCAGAAUUCAAGGAGAGGAGAGCACCCAGCCUGCCGCCUUCGCCCAUGAACAGAUGGAAAGGCUGUCCACAGUUCCAAAUCAAGUAAGAAACUGAGUCUGUCUCAACUUUACAGAAAUUCAACUGCACAAUCUUGCAGUUGGCUUCCCUAGUAAUCCUAUAAACAUGGGGUAAGAAAAUGAAAACGCACAUCUGUGAAAGACCAGCUCCUGUGGUGUGAACUCGGCGUUCUGUGUCCAGCUCUUCCAGAACUCUUGACACUCACCUGUCUUUUUCGGCAAGUAUUCAGUCUCACUAGCAAUAGACAGAUGUCAGCAACCUCUGCUGUCAUCCAGUAAAGCUCUCAAAACAGACUCCCUCCUUUAAAGUUUCAGUAACUGUCCUUAUCAGGCAGACCUGCCAUUCUUAGCAUCAGCCCAGUCUUGGUGACCAGGGAUUAUCCUUUGUUCAAAUAAAAAGAAAAGAAAAGAGAGAUUCCCAUCUCUUGAGUCAUAGGCCCACUAUCAUUUCUAAUCUCAGUGUAUGUCCUGCAUGGAGAACCACCCUGAUAUCCUUCUGCUGCCACUUCCCCGUCCUCCUGGCCUCUGCUCUGUCCCCACCUGCUGAUAGAGUUUGGGUUUUUCAUCCACUUGUGGCCCAUUCCAGAGCUGACCCAAGGUAGUGUCACCAAUGCUGCAGUAGGAUAGGAUGCAGUUCAGAGCUUAUGAAUAGUAGGACAUGAGGAGAUAAUUUCCUUGCAUGUGCAAUUCUCCAGGGGCCAUCAGGAAAUAGACUUUAAAAGUACCGAUCUUUGAUUCCUGUCAGAGCUGUCAGUGUUAGCAGCCAGGGCUGGUGGUACCUGGAUCAGAGUUCCCACGUACCCCCACCUCAGCAGUAAUUGGUCAGCUUCCUUCAGUCAAUAGCCAGUAUUAACUAGUGCACCAAAUGCUGUAGACAACAGCCCUGAAUAAAACGGCUGUCAGAUGAGUACAGCAGUCUCUGAGAGAACUGAGAGGCUGGCUGUCGGAAUGGCCAGAUGCAAGGGAUGGGGGGAAGACGACUGCAGUGGCUAACCUGCUGCCCAGAAUACCAACUUCUUCCAGAGACGGCCUCCGAGAGUGAAUGGCACAUUCCUUCUACGAGGGUGAGCGGUUCUGGAGUUUAGCUCACAGGAAGGCUGAUGGCUGAAGUGAAUGGCUGAGAGCUGUUCCCCAUGGAGCCUGUGUUCCUCUCCAGUGGAUAUAUGUGCAAUUUUGUAUGUAUUUUUUUAGCUGUAUAUUACAGUGUUUAUGUUGCAACUUUACCUGAAGCCAGAUCUACGGAACUCUUCCCUUCUUCCCUUGGCACAAAUUUGUGCCAAGGGAAGUGUUCUUUCCGUGUGUGUGUGUGCGUGUGUGUGUGUGUGUGUGUGUGUGUGUGUAUGCACGCGCGACCAUGUGCUUAUUUUAUUCAAAACUGUGAGUAUCUGUUUACUUCAACCUGGAAAUCCCAAGAGUCACUUGAACAGUGUGUAUACAUGUGUGCCCCUGUGCAUGCACACGUAUGCUGGAGAUAGAGGCCAGGCCUCUGGGGAGGCAACCUGCGGCAGGGUUCUCAGCACCUUGUCAGUGAGGGAGCUCUGAGACCACGCACCUGCGCAGAGCGUUCUCAAAACCAAGACUGACUGUGCAGUAUUACUUAGGUGGCACAUUAGUGGCCUUGGAAAUUUCUAAACUUUAACAUUUUUAAACAGCCUUUCAUGUGAUUCGCCUGCAUCAAAGAGGAUCAAGAAAGGAGAAGAAUGUAUUUUAUUGUGCUUUGUUUUUGUUCUCAAGAGGAUGCUGUGUUGAGGUUCCACAUGGAGAAUGGUCUUGCCCUCCUGGCCAGCACUUCAGGACUCCCAGGAAAGGCUGGCCAAUCCACGGAGUGUCUUGCCUUUUCUAGCCAGAAUGGCCUUGGAGCAGGCCAGCAGUCUCUUCACUCAGUAUGAGCCUUGGCUGCAUCAUGGUUGGCAGGCUGGGUUUGGAUCAUCUUAGCAUAGUCCAUGUGCACAUAACUCCUUGCCUAAUUAUGCACUGACCCUGCAGCACACAGACCACUGACCAUGUCAGCUAGACAGCCCCUGUCCACUCCCCCACCCGCCGCGUUUGCAAAUUGAGAUGUACCUUCUCAAUGUCACUCUCAUGGUGCCUUGCCCGUGUAAAUUUGAAUGUGAUUGUUUAAGGUUACAUAUUUAAUAAUGCAGAAUGCUCCCUGGUCCCUCUGUUUGUUCUGUCUCUAUGCAUCUUUUUCUUUACCCUGUUACAUCUUGGGUUUAGCUUUUCCUCCCCCUGCAGAAGAACAAGCAUGGCCUCACUACUGGCACCUCACAGCACUGGUAACCCGAGCACCUUCCACACCAUGUGCUUUCCUCUGUUGUGUUCGUGCUUGCAAAGGGCAAAGGAUGAACGCCAACCAGCCAGAAAAGGGAUUCAGGCUUCCCAGAAGUAGGUGGCUGUGUUAAUUCUGUCCGGGAUGCAGCCACUAGAUGUGAGAAAGGAAGGGAAGGGGUACUCCAGUCUAGGGCAGAACAGAGACAAGAACUGUGUUUCUCGGCACAUUGAUGAUCCUCAGAGCAUUUCCCAAAAUAAUGAAAUUUAGUCCAUCUCACACUACCUUAAAUGUUUUACAUUGAUUUUUUAAUUGUGGCAGGAACUUUGAAUUUAUUCAUCAACUGGAAAGAAAUACUACCCUCUAUAGACACAGAUGCAUACACAUUUUAUAUGCACACACACACACACAUAUAUAUGCACACAUAUAUGAAUUUUGGAGUGUGACUAGUAUGGCACUUUAAGUUUUCGUAAGUAUCGAGUUAUUAUUCUUAAUACUGAUUGGAACUUUUUUCUAUUAAGGUGUAUGCUAUAGAUUCUUCCAUUUUAUAUUGAGUCUGUACAGUUAAGCCCCUAUUGGGACUUUUCCUUAAGCCACAGAGCAUAAACAGUCUCACAGCACAUGUGGGUGCUAUAGAGACAAGACUGUGGCUAGAGCAGGCGAGAGCAAGAGUGAAUGUACCUCAGAGUGCCUUGUUAAGUAGUGACAGCCGUGGGCAGAAGAGGUGGGCAUGUUCCACAGAGGGCCUAGGACUACCAGUAGCCUCCCGUGCCACAGAGAAGAGCCCUUUGAGGAAGCAUACGCCCACGUGAUGUGCAAAAACUGAUCAUGAAGACCAGCAGCUCAAUGAGAGAAAGAGCAGUUCUAAGCUAUGGUGCAAGAACAUGAGAUUCUUGAAUAAAGUCCACCGGCCCCAAGGUGGAAUUAGAAGUAGAAGCCAGAGAUGUGGGUGAGUUUGAGGAUUUGCCUUCAAACGAGGGACUGGGUGAGGUCUGGAGGGAGCAUAGCACCCUUACUCCCCAACCUGCUGGUGCUGAGGGACAAAACGAAGACUCCAGAGCUUAGCACAGCGUCCACUGUCAGAUGAGAUGCGGCUGCCUUUGCUUCCAAGCUCAGUGUAUGGUUAUGAACAUAGGAAAGUCUAAGAAGAAAUCCAAACCUGUAGAAAUAUUGGUGAGAUUUCUGGCAGUAAAAUGACCUAGCCUUGUAUUUUGAAGCUUCUAAAUUUGCUAAAGUCCCAUGAAAAGCCCCAGGCCCACUAGGUAGUAGGUCAUAGCAGGCUGGCAGGCAGCUUUCUCACUUUGACUUAGAGUACUUCAGUACUGGGAAGUCACCUGACAUUAACUCCACAGGUAACUUGCACUUGGUACUUUCCCCCUAGCUCUCACCCACAGUGAUCGGAAAAAGUCUCAAAGUGGGAUGGAUUUAAGAGUCAGCAUUCUGUGUGAGUGGUUGUGGAUAUAUGCAGUAUGAACACACUUGGAGAAGGGACGAGAGCAACUUCACCCCUGGGCCCACUCUGGCCUGUUUGCCAUUCUCCUCACUAGUGGACAAGGACUGGAAUCUCAUCCAGCCUAAACAGUGAGCAGGGUGGCUACCCAUAAAACGGGCUUGUCAGGCUUGCUUCCCGGAAGCUCGGAUUCUCACAGUGCUGUGCUGAGACAGUCCACGCGCUGCCCUGCUGAAGCGCCCGGAUGCCCAUCUGCCCAUGCGACAAGUAAUGCUCAGGUGGGGAUUUCAUGACGACACCUGAUGCCCCAAGGGAAGUCAGAAGAGCCAUAAUGCAAGAUGCUAGACAGGUUAUACCAAAGAAACCAAGCCAUUUUUCCUGAUGCUUCUUAGAUGGUGAGGUUGAGUUGUGACAGAUGACAGGGGAGGGAAAGUCAUAUACAUUCCAUGUUCAGGGCGUUUAUUCAGCUGAUAAAGACACCCUCAAUAAAUGCUCUAUUUUUUUUUUCAAAUCCAUUUUGUACAUGAGAAGAAAAACAAGAUUGUGGUGUUGGUGCUGGAAGAGGAGACAGUGGCGUGCUCCAAAACUUCCCCAGAAGGACCUCAGCCCAUGCAGCCUGACAGCAGCCAUUGCCCAGACCUUAGUGUGAGACUAAGCUGAGAUUUGUUCCAAAGGGUUUAUUUAAAGAACACUUGGAAACCUCUUAACACAUUGUACUGUUUUUAUAAGCCUUCCUACUGAGGUGUUUAUCAUCAGCAUCACUGUUAUUUAAUACAUAUAUCUAAGUGCCCAGACAGUCCGAGGUGCUAUGCAGCUGUUACACACCUACUCUCUCAGCUGUUUGAAAUUAGAGUCGAUUUCUGCAUCAGCCACUGCUAGAAGUUUUGCCCACUUAGCCACAGGGGUCUGCAUUCUGAAUAUCCCUUUCAUGUUCCUACUCUAAGAGCCUCCACUUUUCUUCCCAUAUCUCACCCUCCCCACCUCGCCCACCCUCAUGGUUUUGUAAAUCAAGAAAGUUUCAGGGAAUCAAAAGAGGUCAGAAUUUUUUUAACAGCAGAAUAACAGAGUUCUAUAUUUUGCUACGAAUAUUCAUGUAGUACAGAAAAUCCACUUUGCCCAUUCGUGUGUGUGGUUGGUCUGUGGGUGUGCACGCUGGGUAACCUGAAGGAUGAGCCGGCUCUAUGGCUUUAGUGUAGCAUUGGUGAAAAGUUAAACCCCACUGUUUCAAAUACUCCUUUGCUGUCCCUCCCCUUAGCAAUUCUAAAGAGUGUCGUGUGUGAACACGCUGGGCUGGGUUUUCCGUUCAUGAUACGGUGGGCAUUGGGGUGUAAGACUAAGGCAGAAGCAAGAUGUCACCGUCUCAGUGAUCUGAAUCAUGACAGUCCUCAUCCAGUCUCUCUUAGGUUUUUCCAUGGCAUCGCCCACACUCUCCCUUUGAAAACCUUGUUUCUCUAGCUCUCCUCAGAGCUUUGUCCCUCACUUACCAAUAUUAACAGUUGAGUAAAUCUAUCAAUAACAGGUCCCCUGUGUCACUAGUGGUGCCGCCCUUUGGUUUGCUGUGGUACUUUGCUGUGUACUCUGGCCUCACGUUACUAUGUAAAUAAACUCAGUUUAAUAUACAUUAAAAA